AACAAAGAUACGCUUGUGAGACUUCCUGACGAGUCACACUUGACCACCAAUGACCCCAGGAUAUAUGCUGAGUGUGUCGAAUCAAGCAUCAUGAUAGCGGCAACCGAAAGAAUCCCGGCCGAGGAGCCUCCAGUUGCUGACUCCGCUCCGGCGCCGAAACGGCGGAAGCUGCGCAAGGGAACACAGAGCUGUUGGGAAUGCAAGCGACGCAAAGCCCGUUGUACAUUUUCGCCCUCUACACAGAACAUUUGUGAUGGCUGUAAGCGCCGCGGGAGUGAUUGUGUCAGUCAAGAUGUCGCUGAUGCGCCUCCUCCUCCUGGCAGCAACAAGCAUAUCGUGGACAGACUUGGCCAAGUCGAGGCGCUGGUGAGACAAUUGAUAAAAUCAGGGACCCAGAGCGAGCAUGGCAUUCAAAAUCGACCCGUCUCUUCAGCUGGAUCUCAGGGCCGGAUCUGGGAUGAGAGAACAGCGCCUACGCGAUCGGCUUCGCCCGUCGCUCUCUCACCCGCAAUCUCUCAACCCAAUCACUCGGAUCCUCCAAAUCAUGACGCUCCAGCUGCAACAACGGUGCCACACUCUCGAAGGAGCACCUCGCCUAUGCGCUCCACAGUCGAGCGACUCACACCUCCAACUCUCGCUGCAUCGUACACAAACGCAGACGAUACCAUCUCCAAGCAACUACUCGCUGCAUGGCCAAGUCCAGAAGACAUGGCCAUCAUCUUGGCAAUCCCCUUGGAAACUUCGCAAAUCAUUCGAGCGGUCAUAUGCACUAGAACAAGCCCAAACCCAUUCCGUCUUCCGGUCUCCGCGGCUUUACUACAACUACCGCCCACCGGGUCACAUCCGGUACUCAUCGCGAGAAGUCUACUGAUCUUAGCCUCGUUCCUCCAGGGUAUGCCAUUCUCCGCGGCUCACCACCUAGAGAAGCUCAGCACCAGCUGGCACAGCAUGAUGUCCCGAGCGGUAAAGACGGCCCACGACUUGGUCACAUGCAAGGACGAGCUAGUUGAUUCUCUGGAAGGCCUUGAAUGCAUCAUGCUGGAGGGCCUCUACGAGAACUACGCCGGCAAUUUGCGUGUUUCGUGGCUCGCCGCACGCCGGGGAGUCGCAAUUGCGCAGAUGCUCGGCCUCAGUCGGGGCAUCAAGCCACGCUCCCUCGUCGGCUCAAUCAUCGAACCGAAUGAUUUCUGGUUCCGCCUCGUACAAUUCGAUCGCUACCUCUCCCUCAUGUUGGGCUUGCCACAAAGCGCAUUUGAGGACGUCUACGCUCGCCCAGAUACCCUAGAAGAAUGUCUUCCACUAGAUCGGUUUCUUCGCCUCUGCACUGUCGCUUGCGGACGCUUGUUACAACGCGACCCGUCGGAAGUAUAUGAUCACGGAAAGGCUCAGAAUAUUGACAAAUUACUACAAGAAGCCUCAACCGUGAUGCCAGCGCAGUGGUGGGUUGCUCCGAACCUCGCCUCGGAGAAGGGCCAUCUAGAAAAGAUUCGGGAAACGUUACGGUUCAACGAUCACUUCAUGUACUAUCAUCUCCUUCUUCAGCUCCACUUCCCCAACAUUCUGCGCCCAAUAUCGGAGCACGACAAAGCGACAGCCGUGACGGCAAGUCGGGAGAUCCUUUCCAGAUUCUUGUCCUUUCGCGCGACUAGACCAGCGCGAUUCUAUUGCCGAGGUGUUGAUCUGAUAGCAUUUCUAUCAUGUACCGCAUUGUCUCUAGCGCACAUUUGCGACGCCCCUCAAGAUACAACUGACAAGAGGAGUUUUUACUUCUCGGCACAUCAACGUCUCAGCGAUCGGGGCAUGGUGGAGCAGGCUCUGGUCAUGAUGCAGAAACUUGUGGACCAGUACAACGAUGAGAUUGCAACGAGAGUGGCUACACUCCUCAGACAUCUAUUGCGCAUCCAGGACGACAUGGUAUUGGGAGUGAGAUACAAGGUCGCAUUUUCGUCAGAAACAUUCUUGGAUGACGAUCUCGGGUACCGGGUGAAGCUGACGGAUCAAGAUACUGUCCUGAACAUCUGUCUUCCGCAUUUUUGGGUCAUCAGGAUUGAGAAACGACAGGAUGGGAGAUCAAUACCAAUCGGAUCGAAUUUGCAACCUCUCGACGAUCGUUGUUCUCGAGCUGAGGGCUCAUGCUCAAGCGAAAGACAAGACACCGUGGUUCCACUUCCUGGAGACAAGGAACUGCAGGAUCUGGUACAGUGCCCAUCUGAGGAAAGUUGGGCGCUGGAUAACUUGGAUUUCACUUUCUUGGAUAACUUAAUAGGGAGUAGCUUGGGUAUUGGAACCGAAAUCGCUUAGCAUGCUUAUUUUGUGGGAUUGUUAUUCAGAACAGGAGGAAAAGCAGCUUCUUGGGCUGGUACAAGAUCAGAAGGCAAAUGAAUCGAGAUGAGAUGGUCAUCCACCAGAGUUGGUCAAGAAACUAUGGAAAGAGCGAAGAGAAGCAAGUUAUCUGACAAAGAAAGAACAUCGGAAGUGAAAUUCAGACCAGACCCAGAUGUCUGAGAGCAGUCCAAACUCUGUGCACAUUAUUUCCCAUCCCAUUCGCCGCCAACUGCGGUCCCAUCAUUCCCCUAAU